AUGGAUGUUUGGGUCUUCAGCAGGGUGGGAGCUAGCUUGGAGCGUAAAUGUGAUUGCAAUAAUGAAACCCUGGCCCAGCCCUCAUACAUCAGAAAGGAGCAGCUGGAGGAGUACGCGAGCAGGCAUGACCUGGCCGAGGGCUGGCUCCUGGCGUGGAGGUUUGGAGGGGGAGGAGAUAAGUUGGUGCCGGUUGAGUCCGCGGAGAAGAUCCAGUGGCAGCACCAAACGCUCGGGGUUGAUUACAAACCCGCGGUCAGCUGGGAACAAGUGGUGGACCUGACGUACUCCAUGCGCCUGGGAGAGAAGCCCAGACUCUUAGAGCAGGACAAAGCUGCGGUGGAGAAGUUUCGGUCCGUGCCCCCGGGCUGGAGCUAUGAGCAUGACAUGGAGCUGGGGCGCUUCCUGUACGAUCACAGCGAGAGGGAGCUGCAGUGUGGGGACUGGACCAAAGAGCACCUCAGCAGCGUCGAGGUCUCCUCACAGGUGGAGGACUACAGCGCAGCCCAUCUGACUGACAACCAGACAUUCACCUUCUGGGAGAGCAACGGGCUCCUGGGGCAGCAUUGGGUGCGGCUCAACAUGAAGAAAGGCACCAUUGUCAAGAAGCUGUGGCUGAUGCUGGAUGGGCAGGUCAGCUCCUACAUACCCAGGCGAGUGGCCGUGUAUGGCGGGGCACCGAACAGGCUGCAGCACCUGAGAACCGUCCUUAUUAGCGAGAACAGCUUCCAGGACGUCUGCAUCCUCCGCAACAUGAAGACCCACCUGCCGGUGCUGGAGAUCCGCAUCCUGGAGUGCCGGGACCAAGGGUGCAAUGUCCGCCUGCGAGGGAUUAAGAUCAAGUCCUUCUGGGAGUGGGACCUGAUCCUCAACACUGACAUGUUCCAGCCAGCCCGGCUGGUGCGCUACCCUCUCCUGGAAGGGGUGGACGCUGAUGUGCUGUACCGGCGGGCCGUGCUCAUUCAGAGGUUCGUCCAGCUCCUGGACAGUGUCCUGCAUUACCUGAUCCCCCUCUCUGAGGACGGCAUCGGCACUUUCAAUGCACUCAGGCCAUUUCUGCUGCUGUCCAAGCAGGGUGCAGCCCUCAUCGCCCACUGUCUCCAGUCCUCGGAGAGCACUUGCCCUCAAACCAUUCCAAAGCUAUACAUCAACCGGCACCUGGCCCGGGAGCACCGUGCCAACCCCGCGCUGGACCCCAGCUGCAGGAACACUGUCUUCACCCAGCUGUAUGAAGGCCUCAGAUCUUCCAAGAACAAUCAGCCCCUGGACUACAGGUGGCCCCUGACCUACAGCCAGUGGUGGGAGUGCGAUUUCAUCACCGAGGGCAUUGUCGACAAUGGCGGCGGUUUUCGGGAUAGCCUGUCAGACGUGUCGGAGGAGCUGUGUCCCAGCUCGGGUGAUGUCCCCGUGCCCCUGCCCUUCUUCGUGCGCACCUCCAACCAGGGUAACAGCAGCAGCGACACCAGGGACAUGUACGUCCCCAACCCCUCCUGCAAGGACUUCCCCAAGUACGAGUGGAUUGGGCAGCUGAUGGGAGCAGCCCUGAGGAGCAAGGAGUUUCUGAUGCUGUCUCUGCCGGCACUGGUGUGGAAGCAGCUGGCAGGGGAGGAGGUCAGCUGGAGCAAGGACUUCGCUGCCGUGGACUCGGAGCUGGUGAAGCUGCUGGAGGUGCUGGAGGGGGUGGACAGGGAAGCCUUCGAGUUCAUGUUCGGCAGAGAGCUGACCUACACAGUGGUGCGGAGCGACCAGCGCAUGGUGGAGCUGAUUCCCAAUGGCAGCAGCACCGUGGUGCGCUAUGAGGACCGCAAGGAGUUCAUUCGCCUGGUGCAGAAGGCUCGGCUGGAGGAGAGCAAGGAGCAGAUCGCAGCCAUGCGUGCUGGCCUGCUCCGCGUGGUGCCCCAGCCUGUGCUGGACCUGCUCACCUGGCAGCAGCUGGAGAAGGUGGUCUGCGGGGACCCUGAGAUCACAGUGGCCGAACUGCGGAGGUUCAUCACGUUUGAGGACUUUUCCUCCGACGACAUCCGUAUCCAGAACUUCUUGGAGGCGCUCAACAACUUCACCAGUGAGGAUCUCAGCCACUUCCUCAAGUUCGUCACUGGCCGGAGCCGCCUCCCGGUUCAGAUCACUGUCUACCCUGAAACAACAGACUUGAACGCAUUGGACAUGAUGCCACAGGCCUCCACGUGCUCCUGCACCUUCUACUUGCCCAACUAUUCCUCGGCCAAGGCCUGUGAGGAGCUGCUGCGGUACGCCGUGUACAACUGCAUGUCCAUCGACACUGACAGGAACACCUGGGAUGAAUGA